AUGUCUGCACCACAACCAGUCCCAGACGCUCCGCUCUUCGGGGCAGCCCGCACUGUUGACCGCCAGGGACUCGUCGUCAUUAUAUGGGUAUGCUUUACUGUUGCUACUCUAUUUGUCUCACUGCGGCUUUUCGUCAGAUGGCAACAGAACAGGCGAUUCCUGGCAGAUGACUGCUGGAUCUUCUUCGCAUGGUUGUGUACCUUGACCAUGGCGAUAUUGCAGACUGAGCAGAUGGAAGCUCUUUGGUACAUGACGCAUCUCCAAGCCGGUCGUAUCGCAUAUGAGCCCGAGGAGAUGCUAUCACAACGCAACCAGUUGGCAAAAUGGCAAUUCCCGAUCAUCAAGAUGUUUUGGAUUAUUCUUUGGUCUGUUAAGGCAAGUUUCUUGGCUAUCUUCUGGCGACUCGUGCAGCCUUUCGUCAUCAUUCGACGCCUAUGGUACUUUGUCUGCUUCUUUACCGCCUCUGCACUGGUUGUUUGUGUUGUCUGCAGUGUAUUUACAUGUAACACACCAUCCGACUAUUUCUACGGAGCCUGCGACUCACCGAAAGAACAAUGGCGACAGAACUUCAACGUCAUCUUCUCUACCACGGUCGACGUUACCUCGGACCUCAUGAUCAUGGCCCUCCCGAUCGCUGUACUCCCCUCCCUACAACUCGACAGAAAGAAGAAGAUAGGGCUCGGGAUUGUCUUCUCCCUGGGCGUUAUUAUUAUCAGUGUCGCCGUCGUCCGUAUGUCCCAAGUCAUCGUAAAAAGACAAGUCGAUCUUGUCGGGUUAGCUAUCUGGGGUGCAGUCGAAACAGCCACUUCUCUUGUCGUCGGCUCACUUCCAGCCCUUAAAAGCCUGCUCACUCGGAGCAUCAAGAAGUACACCACUUCGAGAAGCGGACGAUCAGAUCCCACAGACUAUAGCAGCCAGCCGUCUCAUGCUCGACGAGGCGUUGGUUCGUCGAUGGCGCCAAAAGAUAUAACGGGCUCAGACUGCAUUCCAUUGGAUGAUGUUCACAGGAGCGAGCAAUUUGAUGGAGGUAUAUGUGUGCACAAGACCUUUGACCUAGCUACUGAAGUGGAUGAUAACUCUUCGCGAGAGGAAGAUGAGGAGCUGGCUAUCAUUCGGGGGCCUUCGAAACGUUAA